AUGAUUGGAACCCACUUCAUUUUGACCAAGAACUUUCCAGAAAAGUCGGAUUCGAGGAUUUUCUUGUCCAUGGAAUGCUUGUGUCUUCCAUGUUUCCCCACAUUAUCCUUUCCCAUUUCCCUGGAGCAGUAUAUGUCUCAAACUCUGCAUUUCCGGUCACCAGUUUACAUAGGGGAUGAAAUUCUCGGUUUGGUACAAGUAGGGAUGUUAAGUUGGGAAGAUGCUAUUGAAGAUAGGACCAGCAAUAUUUGA